AUGAGCGAUCUUUCAUGUCUAUAUCCCACACUGUUAUGCACUGAAACUGCCAAAACUUCUUAUGAUGAAGACACCACAUCUGUUUCGUCUGGGUUAAGCCCACCUGGAUCUCCACUAGACUCUCAGACAUCACUGGAUCAUGUAAAACGGCCAAUGAAUGCAUUUAUGGUCUGGAGUCGGGGACAACGGAGGAAAAUGGCACAGGACAACCCAAAAAUGCACAAUUCUGAAAUUAGCAAACGUCUGGGUGCAGAAUGGAAGCAGUUGUCAGAACAAGAGAAACGACCGUUUAUAGAUGAGGCUAAACGACUUAGAGCUCUACAUAUGAAGGAACACCCCGACUACAAAUACCGUCCUCGCAGGAAGCCAAAAUCAUCAAAUCUAAAACAGCAGCCCCGCCUCAAUAUUGCUAUGCCAGCUUUAACGCCACCUGCCCUAUUCAACUACUCCUCUGCAUUCGAUUCCUUGAAAACCCAUGACCUUUCUCAAUACUACUCAACAUUUUUCCAAUCUCCAGUACUAUCCACUGCUACAUAUGCUCCAUACAAUAUGAUGGCUGCGUAUGCACGACAAGCAGCGGCUGUAGCGGCUGCUAGUCAAGUUUCAACCACUUCAACCACAACUGCGCCUGCUACUUAA